UUCUGUUGAGGUUUUCUGCAAUAUUCUGCUGUCAGUGAAUACCCUAUUAGUCUUGUGUUUGACAAUGUCUCUUGUCUGUCCGUGUUAUGUCACAAUUACUAGGUCAGGUUUCAAGAUGUUGAGGUAGGUGUUCAGGCACUUGAUUUUAUUGGCAAUUCUGUCUAUGUUUUGAUGUAGGAUAAUAAGGGAUCUAUGUUUUAUCUUCUCAGGCACAUGGCUAUGUUGUAUAGUGUUGUUUAGAAAUUGAUUCCUGGUUUUUUCUGAUGCUCUAAAAAAGAAACAUGAUUUUGCUCUUUGGGAGGAAUAUCGGACUGGUGAACAUCUGCUUGUACCUUGAUUUGUUGACCACGUGUAAGUGGAGAUGGUAGAUGCAUGAGAGGCUGAGCAUAGGUGGUGAACAUGGGUUCAGUAUUUAGCUGUUGAAAGAGUUGUUAUGUUCAAUAUAAAAAUGUAUUUGAUUAGUGUAAAAUUCUUCUAGACUCCAAUCCUCAGCUUUUUUUAGCAUUCAUUGGAGGUCCUUGCAUUAAUUUUUCCCUGAUUUCAGUUAAGUUAGCAAGUUGUUACCCUGGGUUAUUUGAUUUAUUAGUAGCUUUUACAACUUGCAGAGAGACACUGAACUUAUUUCUCUUUGCCUUCUUCACUGUAUCAGAAUGGAAAGAGUGCUUAUUACUUUUACGGGUUUGUUUUUUGUCCCUGAAGGUGUGAUCAGUUUUUUAUUGCAGGUUUGUCUAGUUCCUAAUGUCAAGAGAGAGUUUAAUUCUGUUCAAGUUGUCAAUUUAUGACUCAGUUUUUGAAUACAGGUUUGAAUGUCUUCUGAAGUCAUAGUUUGGCCUAGUACUGUCAUUGGCGUGGCCAGAUUGUUGUUUUUUUGUUGCAACCUGUCGGAUUGUCUGAUUUCUGAAGUCAGUGAUGAGCUUUGUUCUACUUAAGGUGUAGUCAUUGAAUGGUUCGAAUUUUUGACCGCAGGUUUUACUGACUCCUGGGUAGUAGUUUGGUUUGGUUCAGUCAUAGGUAUGGCGAAGGUGUUGCUUUAUCUUUGAUUAUUUUGUCUUAGCAAUGAACUCUUUGUGAUCUACUUUUGUUUUAAUUUUAGACAUUCCCAACAGGAGAGCAACGUGAUUACUCUCAAUUACUGGGGUAACUUCCUCUGGGGAAGAAGUCUGUGAGUCAGAGUCUUAAAAAGUUAUGGCCAGCAUUUCAUAGCUUUUAAUUUUUUUUCAGCCGUGACAUACCUUUCUCGAGUUCUCUUAUUCUCAUUUCAUAGUCAUCUACAAGUUGAUCUAAUUUUAAAUCAUUCUCCUCAUAGAUUCUCUGAGCUUCUAGCCAUAGGUGCUUCUCUUUAUUAUGUUGGGCUUUGAGGUCUGCAUUUAAUUGUAAUACAUUUUCUAUCUUACUCAUGUAUUUACUUUUGUCAACAUCUAUUUCUUCCAAUUUCCCCUCCAUACAAAUUAGUUGGGUUUUAGUUUCAAUGCCUCCAUCUUCAAAUGCUCAUUCUCCACCAUCAAUGCUAAUCCAAUUUUGGCGGCCAUUUGUAGUUCAUCUUCUCGGCUGUUGGGGUUGUCUAGAAUAUUAUUUUCAAUAAUACACUUUUCAAAUUCCUGAAUUUUAUUUAAACUAUUAAUUGCUAUAUGGUCAACUAUAUCUUGGUUAGGUAGGUAUGUUUGUUUGAUUUAUUGCUCUAAGGUUUUUGAUUAAUUAUGGUUGGUGACAUAUUGCAGUUCACUGAUUUGGUAUUUGUCUCUGUAGUGGGUAAACUUCGUUUGUAAUUAAUGUGUUAAGUGUGACAAGUAUCAAUAACAAUCUAUGUAGUUUAGUUUGUUGUAUUUCCUUACAAGUUUGAAGCAAGUGGUUGAUAGUGAAAAUCAGUACCUAUGAACUGAUAUGGAAGUAGCAUUAUACCAGUACAAAUUACAUGUAACUGAAAUAUCUGAGAUAUUACUAAUUCUAAAUGCAGAAGACACCGGUAAUUCAGUGAUACAAAUAAUCAUACAGCUUUUCUUAUUCUAUACUGUUAAGUUAAUUAGUAAUAUAAACUUAACCAGUUCAAUCUUCUCCACACUAUCUUUAACAUAAAAAUUAAAAAUAAAUCUAGAUUUUCAAUUUAACUAACACUGUUCAUUUUUUUAUAUUGCAACUGCUAACAUUUCUAAGACUAAGAUACUUAUGUAACUAAAUGAUGGUUAUUAUUGAAAUCAUUUAUUGUUUCAGCAAAACCUGUUUGUUUUCAGUUGUUGUGCUCGCAACACUAGCGUUUACAGAUGCGGACUUAUGUUUUCCUACACGCUCAAUCUACUGCUACGAAUGCGACAGCUGGAAGGAUCCUCGGUGCAAGGAUCCAUUCAACUACACGGCACUACCACGAGACCAACCGCCUCUCAUGACCUGCAAUGGUUGCUGUGUUAAGAUGGUUCGCAACUCUAGAUCACCCUAUGAAAGUGUACGCAGGACAUGCACCUCCCAGUUACAGAUAAACUUAUUCAUGGUGGACCAUGUUUGCAUGAUGGAAAGUACAGGAACGGGCCAUAUGUGUUUCUGUGAGGAAGACAUGUGCAAUUCCAGUUCCCACCUCUCCCCACUCCUUGCUCAGUUACUGGUUUGCAUGAUUCCUCUUGUCAGAUAGAGCUUUCUACCCCGCAUGUUAUUGGCUCAAAUAUUUCUUCGAAACAGAUUGCUUUAACCAAUAACAAGAGGAUUGCCCAGUUAUUAAAUAAUUCAGGAUUGGUUUUCUGAAACAUUCUUGAAAUGCAAUAAUAUUUGUUAUCACAUCUGUAGUAUAAGAAACUAAACAUAGAUACUAACCAAUUAAUUUUGUGUUUAAACAGCAGAGCAAUCGUGAGAAGAAUUAGUUUUAAAAAUUUUAUAGUUUUUAUCCAUAUCGUAGGUUAACAUGUUUUAUUUUUUUAUUUUGUGUUUAUACCAGCAUGAGUUUGAUGUUUUAGACUGCAUCUGUAUUAUGUUAAUUCAAUAACGGUGCUGUAAACACGUAUAAGAUACUCAUGUUCCCAAUGAAAUUUGCUACACGUUUAACUCUCAUAAAGUGACUGCAAGGAAAACACAAGUAUACUCCUAUAGACAUCUAGGAAUAUUCCUGUUUUAUAUGAAGUUAUAUAAAUUCAAUAUUGGAAAUAAUUCAUUAAGAGCAAAACUAAUUUAAUCACUAAUAAGAAAAAUUAUGUAGCUGAUGUAGUAUUUUAUUUUAGACGCUUGUUUUAUCAUUAUUGUAAUUGAUUGCAGCUGAUUGUGCCUUGAUUUUUUGCAGGUACAAGGCCAUAUAAUAUGACACGAUAUAGAUUUGUGGCUUUAACGGCAGAUGUGUACGACUGUAGCUCUCGCAUGUUGUUCAGUAGCAACUGAAUGUGCUACUGAGGCACAAGUAGACUUUUCAAUGGCUGAAUGUAACCUAACAGGUAGUUUGUAGAGUUGUGUUAACCAUUUUAAAAGAACAAACCAUGUUUUCAGCAAACAAGCAAAUUUUCAUAUUUUGUUGUGAUCACUCAUUACUUCUAUGUUUCAGAUCUACAUCUGCUGAGAUAUAAAUUAGGAUAUUUUCAAACACAAAAAGAGAAAUUAAAUUUUUAUUGAUUAUGAUUAUUCCGCUCUCUUGCUACUAGAUCUUAUUUUCUGUCCCCUUGGAUCCGUCUUUCCAUCCUGUUCACUGGCUUCCCAGGUGCCUUCCAGCUCUCAUUUUGUGUUCAUGUUGUGUUUUGGUUGUUCGCUCUGAUGUAAUUUAUUCAUAGUCAUCCAUAACAUUUCCGUUUUACUUCUUAUUGAGCUACUUUACCUUGUUGUGUGUGUCUUAGUACAAAUAUGUGUUAGUAAGUAAAUUGAAAACAUACUACCUCAGUUACUUAGGAUAAAAUUAAGAAUAUUAGGACUACUAAUAAUUUACUUGCCAGUGUUUCUUGUAUAAGGAUUCAAAAUUAAGAUAGAUUUUAUAUAUUUUUUUAGAUGACAUAACGCACAUGCGAGUUGGAUUCAUUGUAGAUUACCAUAUACCACAAUUCCUUCAGACGCAACCAAAGCAAAGGCUUCCAACCCCGCGUUUUGUACCAGUUCUCUCUAAUGUACAUCUCACUAUGAUUGUGUCCAAGUUUGAGUAUCUUGCAACUAAAAAUCGUUGUAGCUUUCAUCACAAAUAUAAUAAGGUAAUGAUACACACGAUUUUGGUUAUGUGAUUCUACAAUUUUUUUGUGUUUCAUGCUAUUAUCAAUAGUAUGAAACACAAAAAGAGAUUUGGUUUUUUAUUACGUCUGUGUUUAUUCAUUUCAAUUCAUUCGUAAUCAAUGAACUUUGAAUGAAACAAUCUACAUGUAUUGAAUUUUCUUCUUAUUGGUACAAAUCUGAUCUUUACUAUUUUGUUUUAAAAUAUAUCAAGCCUUUUGGUCCCUUCAAUAAUUCUUUGUGACUGAGUUAAUCAAGAUGUAGUGUGUGCUCAUCUCAUUUGCAUUCCUUUCAAACCUUUCUUAGUUGUUUAAAUCUUGGUCGCCUCCUUUCUGGCACAAACUUUGUUUUCUGUGAUUGUUUUAUAUUUACUACCUCCACCAGUUGCUCAGUACUUUAUGACCUUGAACUUCCAUAUGUUUACAACUCACUUUCUUUUGUGGAUGAUCUUGCAAAAGAAAAUAUAAUAUAAGAUUCUAAUGGGGACAGAAAAAUUGAAUGUAUCUUAGUGAGAGAGCGGAAAGAGAUAUGUGUUUAGUUUGUUACGAAUAGUUUACUUGCCCUUGAAAAUCUGAAAUAUGUUUAUUGGUUUAUUCUCCAUUACAUGUUUCACUACAUGUUGCAGCAUAAUUAUACGGUCAUAUUCACAUUACAUGAGUGUCACUGUCUAUCACUAUUACACGUAGCAGCACAGCACAAGGGUGAUGUCCCGUACUACGAAGAGUUAGCACUGCACGGCUGGUCGAGGAGUUGCCUCAGUCUUUUGUAUGUAUUUCCCCGGUGUUGUUAUUUUUGUGGAGUAGCCGAAUCGUUUAGUUUUUAAAUCCACAAUUGUUUUGGCUGUUUUAAAUAAGAUUGAGUUUCUAAAUUCUUCUUUUACGUUCCAAGGGCUAUUGUAUCCAUUGUUCUGUACAUGUUUAUGUAUUUAAAAGCUAUCAUGUGAUUUAGCCUGUUGUUCAUUAUUUUUAGUGUUGUAUGAGAAAUAUGGACAUUUGAUUUUGUGGGUGAAAGCAACAUUCAAUGACUGCCAUGUGAAUACUCUGUAUUGAAACAUGUCACAGAGAAAAAAAAACAUAAAAUAUCUUCCAGACCUUCAAAGGCAAGUAAACUAAUCAGAUAUUUUUAAAGAAAUAUGGACACUAUUAACCUCCAUAUAAUUGAUACUGAUAAUUUAAUGUGGCUAUACCAACUUUAUAAUUUCAGAUUUUUUACUGGAUUUCAAUUAUUCAUCCAACAAAUUAUAGUUAAUGAUAUUUUAAGAUCUAUAACAUUUAUUAAAUUGCUCAAAAUUCGUAAUUUUAAGUACAGCUUCCUCUGCAGGAGAUGGUAUAAUAACUACACGUCUGGUAGUGUGGUAAUCUUCAGUUCAUAAAACCAGUACUAUCAUAAUCAUUUUUCAAAAACUGCAUGUUAAUACUUAUUUCAGUAUUUUAAUCAAUAAAGGCGCUUAAAAUUAUUAUUUUUUGUUAAACACAUACAAAAUGUGUGUAAUCCACUUGAAGCUACAAGAGAUUCUGACUUUUUGGAUAUAGCAGAAGAAUGUGUGUGUACCAAUAUCAUGCACUAAAUAGUAAUUACAAAAACUUAAUCAUUCAGUUUGUUUUGCCUAAAAGGUUAAUUUCAUAACUAUGAACUCUAAACAAAGUCAUAAAGGUGUUCUUGUAACUGAAAUAUGAAUAAAUGUACUGAACUGCUAGAUUUUCUUUAAGAACCACAACAUUUAAUUACAGUAGAGUCCCGUUAAUCCGACCUAAUUGGGACCGAGCCCUAUUCGGAUUAUGUGAUUGUUCGGAUUAGCCAGAAUUACAGAAAAAUACGGUUUUAAACUUGAGAAUUGGUAUAUUUUGUUA